UAAAAAAACGUGUAGUGUACGAGUAGUUUUACAAGUUUCAGCUGUUCUGACGGAGUUGCAACUUACACCUUAUAAAUCUUCACUUCCUGUCAAGUAACAUGUGUGAAGCAUUCGUUACUUUAGCAACAAAUGAUGAAUACGCAUGUGGUGCUCUUGUUUGGGCACAUUCAUUGCGUGAAGUAAAGACGACGAGACAGGUUGUGUGUUUGGCAACAAAACAGGUUUCAAAGCAAAUGCUGUAUGAAUCAAUUGCUGUUAUUGUAUUAUUCUUAGAGAUAUUAUGGGGUCUGUAUUUGACCAUGUAGAAUUCGUUGAUGUACUUGAUAGCAAAGACGAAACGAACUUAGCAUUACUUUCGAGACCAGACUUGGGGGUAACCUUCACAAAGCUUCAUUGUUGGAGAUUAACUCAGUAUACGAAAGCUGUUUUUAUGGAUGCUGACACUAUGGUAUUGAAAAAUAUUGAUGAUUUAUUUGAGCGGGAGGAACUCAGUGCUGCUCCGGAUCCAGGUUGGCCAGACUGUUUCAAUUCCGGAGUUUUUGUUUUCAAACCGUCAUUGGAAACAUACAAGAAGAUACUAAGUUUUGCUGUUAGCCAUGGAAGCUUUGAUGGGGGCGAUCAAGCAAGUUUUAAUAUUUUUACCGUGAUAGUGGAGAAAAUUUGCUGCUUAGGUGUAUGCUUUUAGUGGAGUUUCGUUUUAUGACUUGGGUGGUUUGAUCUUGGAGCUCUCGUUGUUUUUCUGAACGGUAUCAUUAGCACAAACUUGAGGUAGAAGUGAAGGGUUCGCAUUUCUUUACACAUGACUCAGCCUAUCCUAUCGACCUCGAUCGUUUAUUGUCGACGUUUAACCUGUUGUUGUCUGUUUCUUUAUUUUGUUUGUAUCUCCUUUUGAUCUGAUCCUCAGUCCUAUAUUCGUCUACGAGUUUUCCGAUUCGUCGAUGGACUGGAUAGAUUUAACUGUGUUCGUUGGUUGCUAACUGACUUGAGCACCAAGCUUCUAGAAACUCCCUAGUGUUCUAGGUAUUCCUCCACUCCAUGAUUUCAACAUUUGUCCAGUCAAAUGUGUCCAUAGUUGUCCAUAUUGAUUGAUGUAACCGAAGGUAUGUCAUGGCGUAUUAACGCCAAUUGAUGUUCAUCCAGACGAAGAUAGAGGGAUCGUCCAUUUUAUCCUAUGUAGUGUUUUAUGUAAUCAUAAUGGUUUAUUUCGUAGGUGACGUUCAGUUUUUCUUCUUUUUUUUAUUUCAUCUUUUGGUUUGGAUAGGAUUUAUCGAAGUGGUUCUGCUGAUUGUGCCUUACGCCUUCAAUUAUCGCUUUGUGCUUUUUGAUAUGUUUUUACGCGUAGUAGAAUGGUCUGUUUGCUAGUUUCUAUACUCGAUUUUGUUUCUACAGAUGAGUUGGCUUGACGUUUGUUUCUGAAUUUGUGCAGUGAGCCGUUCUUUUGGAAGAUAUUCGUCAGACAUUUUUUCUCUCUGCAGUAUAUUUACCCCUCCUCUCGACUAAAGUUUGUACGCGGUUGAUUGUGUGAAUCCUUGAGUUGUUGCCACCGUAGUUGAGAAUUUGGUCUGUGUAGUUUGGCUUCCGAUAUACUUUAGUCCUCCGUUUUCCUGUAUUGGUUCCGGUGAUCAGUACACCCAAGAAUGAUAGUUUGUUGUUCGACUCCUUUUCUAUUGUGAAUUUUACAUAAUCGAAGACGUUGCUGAUCAGAUUGUGGUUAUUCUUCAGCUCUUCCUUUUUGGUGUUGAUGAAUGUGUUGUCCACAAAACGAAUCUACAUUUAUGACUUGAACAUUGGUGAAAUCGAAGCUUUCAGUCUCUGCAUUACUGAUUCUGCGAUAAGUCCUGAUAUUAGUAAUUCUAUCGGUGUUCCUUUCGUUUAUUCGUAGAUUUUAUUGAGUCAAAAAUAUAUUGUCAGACAUUAAUAGAUGAGUUGUAGUAGACUUUGAAGCCUCAUUUACUUAGGGAGAUUUGUAUCAUUUUUGAGGAGCAGGAAUAAAGUUUCUUUUGCCAAGCUUGAUUCAGUUGAGGUGAGUAAGGCUGCUACGUCGGAGCAUAUAAUUAUUUUGUCGUUGUUGAUCUAAAUCUCCUUAGUCCUAUCCAAGAAUUGUAUGGGAGGUUUGAUGGAGUGGUUGGAUGGACCCACCUAAUGUUUAAAUAUUGAAAUUUAUUGAUACUUUGUAUGUUGAUGUUCCGGGACGUGAUACGAUUGGACCUAGUGGAAUGUUUGGUUUGUAUAUUUUUGGCCUACCGUAGAGUCGGAGUACAGGUCUACUAGAUUUCAUUCUUCAUUGAUCUUGGUUUGAUAUUUGACCUGCUUUAAUAAGUUUGUUUAAGAUCCUUGAUAUUUACUUGUGUUGAUUGUUUUAUAUAUGCUUUUAUUCUCAGGUAGUUCGUCGGAUUUACUGAUAUACUCUUCCUUAUAGUAAAUCUUUUCUCCACUAGAACUAUGACAAUAUAUUUCCUACUUCUGAGUUUCUUUAAGGCUUUUCGUUCUUGUGCGGUCGGUUAGGUGUUAUCUUUCUUCUUUCGAGUUGGUGGUACUAUGGUUUGGCUUAUAUCCUGUUGAGUUUCUUCAUUUAUUCUGGCAGUUUUGAGUGGUAAUUCUAGUGCGGCGAAGAAUUCUGGUUCUGAGGCGUCACUUGUAUUGUAAUCUAAUCUUUUUGGAAUUGUUCUUCAGAGGUUGUUUUGAUAGGUUGACCAGGCGAUUGUUUGUGUUUUCUUCUGUGGGUGACUUUCAAAUCUUGAUAGAUUUUUCUUUAAGGGUGUCUCUUCUUCGUUCUCUGUGUUAUCUGCUUGAUACCUCGAUCGCCGUUGUCCUUCUUUGGUUAUCCAUGAUGUGUUGGUAUUUUUGGAUUCUGUAAUGUUCAUAACUUACCAUAAGGUGUACCAUUUUCCUUCCACCUUGGUUAGCUAUUAAUCGUCCACUUGGUCAGUUGAUCGGUGUUCCGUAUCUUACACUUUUUAGCAAAACAUGCGGAUGAAGAUACUCUUGGAUAAGGUAAAGUUCUCGAGUGGAAGCCUGUCUUUUGGCGAAAAGUUCCCGUUUUCGAACGACGAGGAGCGCGCUUUACUCAUAUGAUUUUAAAAUGAUGGAGAAGAUUUGUAGUUCAUGUGGGUCAGAAAAGGUUAAGGACAAAUAUAGGACCAAGAAUCAGAAUCAAAAUAAAGGGGCAGAUAACAACAUGUUGAAGGUUGACAGGAAAAGCUGAGUCAUAUGUGGAGAAAUGCGGAUCCUUCACUUCUACUUCAAGUUUGUACUGAUGGUGAUGUUUAGAAGACCAAUGGAAGUCUCACGACCAAAUCAUCCAGCCCAGGGAUUAAUUUUUGUUUUAACACAGGAGGGUACGAAUACAAAAUUGUUUUUGUAUUACGUCAGUAAUCAAGUUUUCUUGAAUUUGAAUGCAUGUUAUCCAGUUUUGUGCGUUGGGCUGAUUUUAUUUGCUAAAAUGUUUCUACAGGAUUAGCGUAUAUCGAUACUAUUACGAAUUCUACUACUCUGGCUUCCCACUGUGCUGAUGUGUUGUGACAACUUUAACUGAUGGAUAUGUACGCCAGUUCUACGUUAUGUAUGACCGACUGAUAUACAGAUGAUGAGACUACCGAAUGGGUUACACUGAAGUUAGGUGUAGAUUGCUAAGUGCAUAUGGUUAGUCCGUCAUGUAGUUUGAUAAUAUUUAAUGAAUAAUAUAGUUGCAACAUAAUUUAUGGAUUCCGUAAUAAAAUCCUUUUCACAAGACUUAUUCAGAUUUAGGGAUUGUUGAUUUAUUCUAUUUCAGUGCUAAAACGGCCAUUUUGCGUCCACAAUAGUUGUCUGUCCACUCGUUUCUUUCUUGUGAAUCUAGAACAUAGAAUUUCAAUCUCGGAAAGUUAGAGAGAAUCAUUUAUAUUUGAUUUGACAACAGCAUGCGAAGUAGUCACUUAUCUGAACUAAUAUUAAGGUGAUCGAGCACCUUAAAAUAAAAGUUUUAAAUAUUUUGUUUUAUUACUUCAUAUUAAGGAGACGUAAAUAAUUUAGACAUUAUACCUGUUACUGAUAUGAAAAUGUAGUAUUUAAUGUUGGAUUGAAAAUGUACGUGUGGAUUGUGAAAAAUUAGUCAUGAUUUCCGAUUUUUCAAAAGAAGUCAACCUUUUUUUCCACCUCUUUAUCUUCAGGGUCUGCUGAAUAUCUUCUUCUCCGACUGGGCAACCAAAGAUAUUCGUCUUCAUUUACCGUUCAUUUACAAUGUCAUCAGCCAAGCAUUUUACUCCUAUCCACCUGCCUUUAUUCAUUUUCGUAAUAAAAUUCGUGUUGUUCAUUUUAUUGGGUCUGAGAAACCUUGGCACUGUGAACUGGACAAAUUCGGACAAGUCAUUGUUCGUGAUCCCACAAGUGUUGGAACUCCUGAAUUUUUGCAGCACUGGUGGAAUUUAUUUAUGACCCACGUUCAUCCAAAACUAACCCCUGGUGAGGUAAGUGAAUUACUCAUGAAUACGUCCAUCAAUACACCAUUAUUAAACCAAAUAUAACAAUUUGGAACUUUACUUGUAUCAUUUAUCGGACAGAAUGGUUCUACAAACCAAAAAUAAUCAUAUCUUGUUGAAAAAUGAAUCUCUUCAAACCUUUGAGAAAUAUUAAGGAGUUUAAUUUUUUAAUUAUGUUAUUUAUUAAUAACGACUGAAAACUGUUUUGUAGUUUUACUUUAUAUUUACCGUGUGUUAUAAGUAAGGUCAAUAGCUCCAUGUUCAAAACCAUACUUUCUGAGUGAGUACUGUCAAAGUUCCAAUUUUGUAUUCGGUUAUCACUGAAAGGCUGAAUAACUUGAUAAUACCAAAUCCCUUCAAAUUCUCUUUGUGUUUUAUAACAUGUGAGAAGUGUUUAUCAAAACUUCUGAAUUAAGGUAGUCUAUUACCUGUCAGGUUAAGCACUAACUUCUGUCGUAUUAAGAGCCUAAAAUUUACCUAUGUGGAUGCUUCAUAUGAUCAGUUUAUGCUUUUUAUUUACACUAGAUACAAGUUUGUGGGAAUCAGUUGUUUAGAGGAAAAACUAAGUUCACUGGAAUGUUAGAUCACAAACGAUAUUUAACAGUAUCAUUUACUUAAUUUAUUGGUUCAGAUCUAAAAUAGAUCUUUCCAUAUAUUAAGUUUCUAUUCUAAAUAGUAUAGUAGCUAGUAGGUAUUUGGAAUUAAUAGGAUCAUAUAACAUGGUGAGCACUUUUCCUAUCGUAGGUAACGCAUAUUCGCUUGAUACUAUUACAAAUUCUUUCAAAAUUCAUCAAUAAUAAUCCGUAAAUUGAGUCGAGCAUAAUUAAUUACACUCACUUGUUGUAUGUAAUAAUCUCUAUCCUUUGUUUAUGGGAAUAAGUUUCAGUCUUUGCCACCAAAUAAUACUAAAUGAAAAGCUAGUUACCACACAAGAGUAUUGAACAGUUAAUGUGAGUUAUCAUUCAUUAUCAAAAACAAUAGACCCUAGUGAUAAUAAUUUCAUCAGACGUUACGUAAGUACCGUUGCUUAAAUUUUAUUGGUUUGUGAGAUCAAACGUAUUGAUAGAGGGGGGCAGAUUUACUAUGCUGCAAACCCAUCAACUGUAACUCUAUCGUCAUGUUAUUUUAAAGUUAAUAGCUUUAUCUCAGAUAAAGGAACCACGUUUUACCACUAUUUCUAAACUGACACGAAAUAAGUAUACAUCUCUCCUUGUUUUUAAGAUGCCCUGUCUACACAGUAUUGUUUUAAAAUGGAAUUUGUCACGUUUGUGAUGUUCCUAAUUUGAUGGAAGUCUCAACGCCUUAACUUUUACAAUAAUAAUAAAACUCACACUUUACUAACGAAAUUUUAUGUUGGAGACUUCUAACCAUAUUUAUCACAUGUUCACCCGUCUGGGCUUAUGAAAGCGAAUUUGUUUCAUUAAUAUUUCAUUGAGGUUACUAUUUACAGUUUUGAAUGGAAGGAGACAUUUUACAUGGAUAUUCUUUUGUUAUUUUGAAUAUAGCUGGUUUGUUAAAAAGUUCAUUUUUGUUUUCCUUUACAAAAAUCAACCGUUGAAAUGAUAUUUGUCUGUCCUAAUUGACUUUUUAUAGAUUUUAUCAACGCUGCAGGUAAGAAUUAUUCUGUGGAUGUUGUCGAUGCUCUGAAGUCGUUAUAUCACCUAUGUAUCUGCCAUUACAUUUUAACUGUAGUUGGUUUAUUCUAACAUUAAUUAUUAUUUUUUUAUAGAGUAGUGAAAUGGUUUACUUGUCUUUUUAUAUAUUUCCGGAAAAAAUUAACAGAGCGAUUUUGUGGGUAAAUUGGCUCAGAUUGAGAUAAGUCAAUCUUCCUCAAGCUUGACUCAAGCCAGUGAUGAAUCUGAAAGACAAUUGGCAUGGGAACGUGGGCAAAUGGAUUAUAUGGGUUCUGAUUCAUUUGAAAAAAUACAAAAUCUUCUGGAAUCAAAAAUCAAAAAAUAGAAACUAGUAUAUAGUAAGUAAGUAAGUAGCAAUUAGCAGCAAUACAUAUGAGAGUAGACGCACAAGUUAUGCAGACUGAGCAUGCAUGCAUACUUACAUUUUGCUACGCAUUGAAUACCCAAAUUUUUAACUGCUGCUCACAUGUUUUGACACAUCAGUCUUAUAAACAAACAGUAAUAACUCCUAAUGAUUGCAAUAUCUCUUGUUCUACAUAGAUUAAAAAGAGGUAUACCAUAAGCUGAUUUUUUGAAUUAUUCUGCCUUAAAUUAUUCCUAAUUCAUUUUGCUUAUAUUUCUGCUCAUUACUGUUUGUUUUUGAUUUUGUGGUUACUUUUCAUUGAUAAUCUUGUGGAUAUAUUGGACCAAUGAUAUAUAUAUAUAAUUACCAAGUAUUUCUUCAGAUUAUUUCAAUAGAAUUAAUAACUCAUACUAUUUCUAUGAUUUAUUUCAUUCUCACCAUUUUGGUUUUCAUAUUCUUCUAUGUAAUUUUGAAGUGUUUAUCUUGACUAUUUAAAGUUUCCAAUUUUCCUUUUUAUUUCACUUUAAUCUACUUUCGUGUUUUUAUGAAAAACUACUUUGUAUUUGAGUUAUAUAUAUAUUGUUGAAGUUAGUAUAAUAGAAUAUUGUUUUACUUAUGACAAGUACAUAUGUAGAAUGGUUCGAUUUUUGUUCUGGUGAAAUAUUUCCUCUUGAGUUUUCAAACGUUUUCCUUAAAUUAGUAUCUGAUAUUGUUCCACUGGCACUUUAUCAUGUGUGAAAGAUUAUUUCUUCUAUCACAUUAUUCAUUUCUUUUCUUUUUACCAUUACUUUCAUGAAUUUAGGCUUGCUUCUUUCUUGUCAUUGUAGCUAUAAAAGAAAAAAAAACAAUAGCCUAAUCAGUUAUGAUUUUUGCAUUACUUUGAUAUCCACUCUUUUUUGUUGUUGUUGUUUUUGUUGAUAAAGAUGUCUUCCAUUCAUAAUGUUUUAUGGAAAGUAAAGCAACCUGUAAAUUUUCUUCAUGUGUUCCUUACGUUUAAUUUAGUGAAAUAGUAAACAGAAAUUGUUUAUAUUUGAAAGAAAAACAAUUUAUUCAAUUUUUCAUAAAUGUAUUUAAAGAUGCUCUCUAACAAAACAAAAAAACACAGUCCAAAAUUUAUUAGCUUUCGCAAAAAUGAAGAUAAGUGAGAAUUGUUAUUAUUCGUCAAAGAAAAAAUACAUUCUCAGGAAUCAUUUUUUUUGUUAAGUAAAAAUAAAUAUUUUAAUUCAAUGCGUAGUCAAGUUUAUCAUUUUAUCCACCAUACUAAUAAUUGAAAACGUGCUAUAGUUUGAUUGGUUAUCAUCAUUUCUUACUUGAUGUACUAUAGAUCCAAUGUAGACGAAGUAAUUAGAAUGGUAUUAAAUAUUAGUAAAUAGUUUUUUUCAAACAUAUGAUAAGCUUCUUCAAAAUAUAAGUAAUCUUUAAGGAAAUGUACCAGUUUGCUUUCACAUAUGUCGUAUAUUUCACUUAAUGGAGUAAAACGCCAUUAAAAUUCAUUUAAUGGAUGUUUCUGGUUUCACUUUAAAAGAAUUUACUUUGUCAAAACAUUUCUCUGUUGUUAUACUGCAAACUAAUGUAUAUUUUCGAAUGAAGAUAUCUGAUCGUGUUACAAUCAUUUAAAAUAGUAAAUUUAUUUGAUCCCACUCUUAUUCUUAAUAAGUUUCCUUUUUUCGCCCAGGUAUUUGUGUUACCUUUCAACAACAAUAAAAUACAAAAACUCAGGUGAUAUGUGAACGUUCUUAGUUUAUAAAAAAAUUGUCAUCGUCAUUUGGUUUUCGAAAAAAAUAUGCUUUGAUCUCGGUCAGAUUAUCAACUAGCCACUGAUUUGUUAGAGAACUGAUAAGAUUUAUUUGGUAGCUAUCGUAAGAAAAAUAGUCGGGCUUGUAAAUAACUUCGACAGUAUAUAACGUUCUCCAAAAGAUUUUAAUAAUCUAGUCUUCAUUUGAAUUUUUAUAACAAAUGAGCAUAAUUCGACAGGGCAACUAAACUUAAUAUCAC